ACAAAGUUGGCGUAAAUUGUGGACAAUUAUACGCAGUUGUAGCAAACGUCAAACAUCAAAGACGUCUAAAUACAUGGCGUUGUUCCCAAGUCUAACAUCCAGCAGUGAACCAACUCAGGCCACGAUUCACACAAGCAACUCCGGUAAAAAGGCUCAAUAUCGAGUGAGCCUUGGCAAAUUAAACAAGAAUUUGUGCCGGGUUGAAAGCAAGCAAGAUGUUAUCAAUGCAAAACCAACGAAAUUUUUACCUCCUUUGCAAGCAGACAAACCGAUAAAUAAUGCCUCUAAAACGACCAUUUUGCCAGAAAAAACACACAAAAAUUUGCAAUUUCCAAAUUGUCAGAAAGGUUCCAAAGUUAACAAGUCAUCCUUAUUUUGGGUUGAACCAUUUGGUUUCUGGGCUCCUUAUCAACAAGAAAAGCGGUUUUACGAAAAGUUCUCAAAAAAAAUUGAUCUGCUCUACAAAGAUGCAGAUAAUUAUUUGGAUCGCUUUCCUCAUAUCCGAGGAUGUGAUCAUUCACGUUCCUGGUCAGCAGUGAAAAUAGAACGACAAAGAUUUCAUGAGCUAAGAAAAUUAAAGAAUGACGAAUUAAUGAAGAAGACAUCAGAGAGACAUCAAGAUAUGGAAGAGUUAUGGAUGAAAGAUUUACGAAUGCGUUCAGAACACAUAACCUCUUCUCUUGUGAGACUGAAAAAUUUUAAAAGGAAGGCUGUAAAAUGCUCGAUAAACGACAAUGAAGACAAAAGACUGACACGAUUGCAAGAGAAACAGAAAAACUGGGAAGAAGCCUGGAGAUUGGAACGCGAGAGACGAGAGAAUUUCAUUGGCAGAAAAAAGAUCAAAAUAAUUCUUCCUCGCAUUAUUUCUAAUAACGUUGAAACAAGAAAGGACAAAUCACAAAAAGAUCUUUUUCGUAAUGAAAACUACGAUAUCGAAAAAUCUGAUGAGGUUGAAGACGUUGAUGUGAAAUAUGAUGGUGAAUUAACACAAAAUCUUCAUGACAUUCAUUAUGAGAACUGUCAAGAUAACAAUGGUGAAGUUGAAUCAUCGAAUACGUCAAGAAAUAUUCUUCUGCAAACAUACGAAAAGUCUGAAUACCUCAAAACUUAUGAGAUAUUUAGCCCUAUGAAUUAUAACCAAUGGGAUACUGUUAAUGAUAUGCAAGGGAAUAUAGCACGUUGCACUGUUCAACAAGACUCAUCUGUAACGUCUUCAUGUCAAAGAUCACGCACUAGUAUUGAUGUAGUGGAUGCAACAGGGACAUUGGAGGAUACGUUGAUACAACAUACUGCGAAUGGAUUCAGACUCCUAGAUAAUACGGUGGCCUUAAUGAAUCAACUAGUUCCAGUUCCUUUGGGUGUACAGUCAGGGGUGAUCUUAGAUUCUCAAAUGACAUCAUCGUCAGAUCUUGAUGUUUACCAUAGUGCAGACCAAGCUAGAUUAAACAACCAAAGAAAAGAUUGUCGAGGUGGUGCUUGGUUACCAAGGAAAAAUGAUGCGAAUCCUUACUUAGAGAUAGACCUGGGUCACUUGACUACAAUACAGCAGGUAGCAACACAGGGAAAUCCACAGUCUGCUGUGAAAAACGAGCGACAUAAAUGUUGGGUGACAAAAUUUACCUUGGCAUUCAGUGAAAAUGGCAAAAAUUGGUGGAAUUGUAAAGAAUGUGGUGAUGUGAAGGUGUUUGAAGGCAAUACUGACUUGGAUUCUGUUGUAUUGAACAGUUUAAAUAGACCAAUAAAAGCACGGUUUAUUCGUUUCAACCCCAAGCAAUGGCACAAAGGGAUCGCAAUGAGAGUCGAAAUUUUCGGUAAAAGGUCAAAUUCCGAUAGCACGAAUAGAAAUAGUUUAACAGUAAAAAAAACAGAGCCAGCAGAAGCUUUAGAAAUAGAAACUGACGAACAUAAAGACUUGCCAAAAGAGAGUUCUUUUGUUAUUGAAAAAAAUUGCGAAGAUGGAAUCAAACAGGUUAUAAAGACAGUCAAAAACGUGAAUAUUGACACAUCGGAAAAAAUCCAGUUUAGUAAGUUACAAUUGAUAAUUUUAGGAAUCUUGGGUGGUGUUCCUACUGAAGCUCGAGUUGAAACACCAACAGCCGUUUACAAUCCUGUGGGAAACAUCGUGAUCCCUAGCAAACAGACGAUUCUAACAACACAAGAACAAGUUGCUGAAAACUGCAUUCAAAAUCGUAAAGAACGAACGAGAUCACAUUCAGUAUUUAGAAGAACACCGCAACAUACGAUUAAGGCAAAUGGUGAAAUCCAACAAUUGAUGAAUAGCCAUGUCUCCAUCAACGAAGACAAGGAGGACACUGAAAAACGUGUCCAACCUACCACCUAUAUCCCCACGUCACCUCCUGAGUCCAUACGUCCCAUUUCAUCUCGUCACUUCCCUGAUUCACCGUCUGCCUCUCCAGCACAGGAAAACUGGGUCAAAGCACUAGAACGUGCACGCGCUGAUGGAAGCAUUCAGCGUGAGAUGUUGCGCGAGAAAGUAGCUGAAAAAAGAAAGAAAAAAUUGUCGAUGAUGAAAGGAAAAAAACGACGUGAAAAAACAGAAUCCGAACUAAUUGAGGAUAGAUUGGAUGAACUAGGAAGCUUCUUAGAAAAAUAUUGUAUACUCGGACAGUCAGAACUUGUGACUUAUAAAAAUAUUUUCGACAAGUUUGACCAGGAUAAUGAUGGAUAUCUAUGGCCUGAAGAGGUUCUUGAGGCUUUAGAGAAUGUCAACGCACAACUUCUAAGUGAUUCUCAUUUAAGUUAUGUUGUACGAGUUUUGGAGCAAUGCGAUUGUAAAUCAGACGUAACGAUAGGUUUUCGUUUGUUCUCCGUCAUUGCAGCGUUAUCUAGAAGAAUUUCUUCUCUAAACGAAAGAAUGAAAAGGAUAAUUUCAAAAUGUGAUUUCAAGACCAUCGAUUGCACGCUAGAAAGACUCAAGAUGCUGUUUGAAUGCUAUGUGAAUGAACACACCAAACGCAUUUCUCGAAAUGAAUUAUGGAUUGGUCUCGCUGCGGGAGGACUGGAGAAACCAGAAGAAACCAUCGAAGAGUACUUUUCCAAUAAACAUAGCUUCGACUUUUUAGAUUUUCUGACAUACCUUCCGUUAUUUCAAGAAAUCCACGGCUAUGUCAUUGACAAUCCAUUAAGUUUAUUUUAGGAAGGCCGAUAUUUCCCAGAAAAAAAAAUUUUCACAAUCUGUAAUUAUAUUUAUUUGUGAGAAUCUAUAUCAUUUCGAAGA